AUGACAUCAAAAACACUUGUGUCACCAACAAUACAAAGAAAAUAUAAAAAGUCAGGCAAACGUGUACCUAUAGUCGAUACCAGCCAAGCUCGAUCGAAUAUCGAAGUUCUUCGAAUGUGUCUACAAGAACUCAACUGGAAAGAACGUACUACUAGUUCCUUCACCGAUUCAGAUAUCUAUUGGCAUUCAGGAACAUUUCACGAAGGCAAUAGGAAUUUCGGCUUAACUUCAGCUAGAGUGAACAAAUUUCCCGGUAUGAUAUCAUAA